GCUGACGUGAAAGGAUUAAAGUGGCGAAGAUAUCAAGCCCGAACUGAUACUGCUUCUUUACCUCUUAGUGAUCCUAUCUUAGUUUCGUAUGCUAAUGCUUUAGCACAAGAUGUUUUGUGCGUCUGGCAACAUUUAAAUGGCAUGAAAGAAUUAUGGCUGUUUUGGUUUGGUGAUGAUCCGAAUUUAAGUAAUAUUUUAAGCUCCGAAUUGAAAGAUGUUGAAUAUGGCACAUUCAAGGACGGCUUUACUUAUAGAUGUAGAAUAUUGCUCUUUAAAGCUAUUCAUAAUUCCAUUGAACGUGGAUUGCUAGCUAAGAGUUUCGUACGAUACGGGAGAUGGUUUGUGGAACCUGAAAGGAAAGAUAAGAAAAUAUACUCAUUUAAUGAAGAGCAGGUGUCUGUUGCAUUUUCCUUUUUCCUAUUUGGUAAAAGUACAGUUUGUACAUCAGUUGAGAUUCAACACCAUUCGUCAUUGUACAGUUUAACCGUAGAUGAUAUAACAAAAGCCCGACAAUCCUUGAAUGGUUUAGAUGGUAAGGUUUUGGUCAUGAAUUUAUUAAUAUUAAGUAUUAUUCAUCUACUAUUUAGAUAUUGUUACUCUAUAUGGUAA